GUCCGGGUCACCCAGGAGCUGAAACACACUCAUGCAGAGCAGAUGAGCAGAUUACAAAUCAAACACCAGACGGAGUGUGACCUCCUGGAAGACCUGAGGACUUUUAGCCAAAAGAGGUCCGCAGUAGAGAGGGACUACGCCCAGGCACUCCAGAAGUUGGCGAAUCAGUAUCUAAAGAAGGAAUGGCCGGAGAGUCUGACAGAGGACCAAACGGAUCAGAGGAACAUGUAUUGUGUAUGGCGGGCCUAUUUGGAGGGCACGGUCCAGGUCACCCAGUCCAGAAUCAGCGCCUGUGAUAACUACAAAGUCCAGGUGGCAGAUCCUGCAAAGACGGUCCGACUUCAGAAGGAGCAGCAGCUGAGGAAGUGUAUUGAUCAGCUGACGGUGGUUCAAGCGGAGCUGCAGGAUUCCGUGAAGGAGCUGACGAAGAGCCGGAAGAAAUACCAGGAGGCCGAGACCAUGGCUCAGGCCGUCCGAGAGAAGGCCGAGCUGGACGCCAAGUCCAGGCUAAGUCUCUUCCAGUCCAGAUCCAGUCUUCAGAGAGCAACCGUCAAGCUGAAAGCCAAGAGAAGCGAGUGCAACUCCAAAGCAACACACGCCCGUAACGACUACAUUCUCAUGCUAGCAGCCGCUAACGCUCACCAGCAGCGCUACUACAACACAGACCUCAUGGACUGCAUCAAGGUGUUAGACGGCAGGAUCUACGAGCAGGUGAAGGAUUACCUCGUCUCGCUGUGUCAGACGGAGCUGGAGAGUUACCAGGCCGUCCACAACACCUUCAACCAGCUCCUCAACAGCUCCAACGGGGUUCUGCAGGAGUUCCACCAGCAGCUGUUUGUUGAGAAGAACCUCAUGUUUCAGCAAGCCCCGGACUUCAUGUUCCAGCCCAGUGACACAGAUACGGUGCUGGAGCUGCAGAAAGAUAGCGGCACGACGGAGGAGCAGAGUCUGGAUAAAGAGGCGAGGAAAUGGGCGAGUCGCGUGGCCCGAGAAUACAAGAGCAUCAUCCACACACAGCGGGCUAUGGAGGGAUACGGGACGCAGGAGUCUUCAGAGCAGAACAACACUGAGCUGGAGACCAAGAUGGAGGUCGCCAGGCAGAGUCUCCGGAGGGCAGAGACGGUGAAAGUGAAGGCCGAGGCUCGUCUGGAGUUGCUUCGGCAGGCGGGUGUUGCCGUGGAAACGUGGCUGAAGAGCGCCAUGAACCAAGUGAUGGAGGAGCUGGAGAACGAGCGCUGGAACAACCUCAAUACCCAUGAUCCUUCACUCUCUGGAACGGCGGAUUUGGAGCGAGAGGACGAGGAGGAGAUGGAGGACAGCGGGGAAGUUUUAGACGACAGCAGCUCGAGUCCCUCCAGCACCUUGAAGAACUAUCCGCUCACCUGCAAAGUCCUCUACUCCUACAAGUCGUCGCAGCCAGAUGAGCUGACCAUCGAGGAGCAGGAGAUCUUGGAGGUCAUUGAUGACGGAGACAUGGAGGACUGGGUCAAGGCCAGAAACCGCAGUGGGCUGGUGGGCUACGUCCCGGAGAAAUACCUGCAGCUGCCUUCCUCCAACAGUCUGCUCAGCAUGCUGCAGGCUCUCGCUGCUCUGGACGCUCGCUCUCACUCCUCCAGUAACUCCACCGAGCCGGAAACUGAACUCCCAACAGGAUCCGUCAACGAAGACUCCAGCGUGUCGUUUGCCAAGGCGCUGUACGACUACGCGGGACAAACAGAGGACGAGUUGUCAUUUCCGGAAGGCGCCAUCAUCCGGAUCCUGAGCAGAGAAACCCACGAGGACGACGGUUUCUGGGAGGGGGAGUUUAACGGGGUUGUUGGUGUUUUCCCCGCCGUCCUGGUGGAGGAUCUGACUUGCGGUAGCGAGAAUGGAGACGGACAAAAAGAUGGCGGCAGUGCACAGGCGUCCCCCUCCCCGUUGGCUCAGAUCGGAGGAUCCCCUCGCAGCCCCUUCCAGCCUCUGCACAGCAGCCCCCUGCAGACCCCCACCCUGCAGACCCCCACCCUUUCCUCCCCACUCUCCAGCCCCAGCAGCGCCUCCGCCUCCCCUACAGGACGACCCCCCUCCUACCACAAUGGACACCACAGGCCCCCCCCAGCCCCCCACAAAAGCCCCUUUCAGAGUCCGGUCCAAGGCUCCCCUCAACCCCCCAAAUACCCAGAGAGCAGCUCCGGCACCAUUCGACCUGUCCGUGCCGCCCCCCCGCCCCCGAAGCAGCACCCUCGCGGCCAGGUGAAGCGCAGAGAGGAGGUGGAAAUCACUCUGGUGUGAAGGCGUCGACACCCUGGAGGUGACGGCUGUUUUUGAACCAGAGAGGACUUCUUCACGGCUCUGAACGCACUCCCAAAGGAACCCAGAGGAAACUAAAAAAACACCUGAAGGAUUUUUAUCUUUCAUCACCUCAUCAGGGUCAGUGUGCUGCGGAGGAUCAUUGUGCCUUUCUCUGAACUAUACUCCCGUCCUUCAAAAAGAGCAGAUAUGAUCCAUUUUAUUCAUCCUCUCUGAUCCAUAAUGUCCAGCUCUUCACUCCGGACGGGAAUCACUUCACAGUCCUGACUAAAUGUAUUGAUAACAGACAGAAUACCUGCUGUUAAGUGUCCUGAAAUAUCAGUCCUGGUAUCAGUUUUCAAAUUCUUUGCUCAUAGUAAAUGAUAUAGUGAUGACUGGCGGAUAAUACAAUGUAUUUUACCCAAACGGUAAAACCUGUUGAAUGCAAGAAUCACUAGAAACGGUGAUUCUGCUCCACACAGGGAGGAUUUACGCAUCAUUUAUUGUCAUUAUGCUUUCUGGUUGCACAAUGAAAUGCAGUUUUAGCCCAGUUUUUUUUAGACAGAAGUGUAAAAAGCAGCAACAAAACAACAAUAGUGAAUUCUCUGGGCAGAUUAUAUGCCCACCAUCUCCAACAUUAAACAUUAAAAACCAGCGAAACACUGUUUGCACAACUUUAGUGCAUCAAUAAUGUAAACCAAGUCGAGGCGUCGAGCAGAGAGCAUAUAGAACGGCUUCUACUGUAAAAAUGAGAUUGAUAUUAACUUUAAAUCAAACCUUUUGUGAGAAAAUGUAUAAUAUGUUCCCAAAAGAGCUUCAGAUCCUUCAGUUAUAUGAUUGGACAGAGUGAUUUAUACCCCAUAAAGUAAUGAGAAACACAAUCAUUAUUACGAGAAAACCUGUAAAUGGAGGGCUACAAAGUCAUAAACCUUCAUUAUUGGUGUAUUUUUAAUGAGGAUAUAAAAAGGGCAGGGCAAUAUUAUGUUAAUAUUGUGAUAUGAGACUCAAUAUCCAUGCAUUUUUUAUAUAUCAAAUACUUUCCUGGUUUUAAAAGCUGCAUUACUUCAAAGAAAUGUCACCUUAAAGGUCCCAUGUCAUGGCCAUUUCUACUGAUCAUAAUUCCAUUGUUGAGGUCGACUAGAAUAGAUUUACAUUGUUCAAUGUUCCAAACUCACAUUGGUUUCUCACAGCAUCUCUGUAUAGAAUGUGUAUUCACUCUCUGUCCUACACGGCUUGUUGGAGCUCCUGCCCCCCCCCACCCCCCCCUCCCUAUGAGCCCAGUGGCCGACAGCGAGACACAGCAAAACCCAGCCCGAACACACACAGACUCACAGCCUUGCCGCGUCUCGCCGUCUCAGGGAGGAGAAAUCGUCGGAGCUGCAGCUGAGAAAAGAUUGAGUGUGUGUGAGGAAGUCUUAACGUAACGGCUCCACGGAUUGGUCCAUUUGGGUUUUCACACGUCACUGUACUCAGGAAGCAAACAAUGGAAAAAGAGAAAUGUCCCAACGAGGCGUUCUGGGGCAGCACAGACAGGUAUUUUCUGUGUUAGAGUUUUACUCGCUACAGGGUGUACUUUGAGGGUUUGUGACUCUGCAGACCGUUUACAUGCAGAAAAACCUUCAUAACAACAAGGGGACGGGUGAUAACCGGAAAAGCAUGACAUGGGACCUUUAAAUGUUUAUUAUUUGCCCCAUUUAGUCAUUUAAAUCCACAUUACAAAUGAUUAUUCAGUUGGAAAUCUAAGAUAUCUCUAUCAAGGCAUUAUUAAAAUAUAUAUAUUGUUCCUACUGUGAAAGCAGCGAUCUUCCGUUUAUAUAAAUAUCAGGAAAUAUCUUUUUAAAAAGUGUAUAUUAAGGAUUUCAACCAUAUCGCCCAGUUGUCUCUCACUAUAUCACUUCCUGUGUGGCUCUGACUCUUUUAUUUCCUCAAGCUGUUUUUAUAAUUGGAUUUCUUCUAUGCAACACCUUCAUCAGGACAUGUUCUGAACAUGAAGUUCCAACAGGAAACCAAAAGUCUCCAAACACACACACACACACACACUCGAUCAAAACGGGACGAGGCUGGUCCUCUCCUGAAAAAAAAACACAACAAAGGGAAAAGUGGCAAUUUUAGUUUAGAUCGUUUAUGUCGGUAGGGAGAAUCUCCUAGAAAUCAAAAUCCUUUUACCUUUUUAAUUCUCAAACAUACGUUAGUUUCCUUUGCACCCGAUGCGAGGAAAGUCCUAAAGGGAGAAGCGUAGAGCGCGCUUGUGUAGUCUAACGUUUCCUUUGUUGUAAAAUAAAGAUCUAGAAAUGUUAUUCCAGCCGGUAGAAGUUGCCGGUUGCUCGUCGAGUUGGUGACAGUUUACACUGAGGUGCCGUUUAUUAAACAUGCCUUUAUUUUUAAGGAGGGAAACAUCCUGAGCUGCUAGCUGUCCGAUUUAAAAAAAAAAAAAAAAAAAAAAUCUAUACUGUCAUAGUGAAGCACUUUUUGAUGUCUUCUUAUUCCUUCUCAGUAUUGUGGAUGUGUGUUGAAUAUUUUGUGUACCUGCUAUAUUGGUAUCAAUACUUUCCUUUCUUUUAUCUUGCGUUAUUUAGCCUUAAAUAGCCGUUGUAGUGUCUUUGAUUGUGAUGUGUUUUUGAAAUAGUUUACAGAGAGCUUGGAGAUGGAUAUCCGUACAAAUACUAGCACCGCUUAUUUUUGUUUCCUGUAGAAUUAGGAUUAAAAAUGAAAACUAUUCAAACCUUUUGUUUAAGUGGAAUUGGAUCAUAGGAAAAAGAGAUAUCUGUCAGCCGUGUUCUCGUUGAUCUCCUUGAGAUCUGAAUGACAUCAAACUUAUUUUUGAAGUUUGCGUUCACCCUGUUGUAUUGAUGAAAACAUAAACAGUGGUCGGACUGAAGUUAAAGUCUGGAUCAGAAAUUCAGCGACAAACUGCCCACACUCACAAAGGGAGCUCUGCAGAGGCUGCUGAGCGACGUAUUUACACCCGUGGAUGUUUAACUGUAUUUAUUGUGUACAAAUAAAUGUGAAAUAAAGAUAGCUUAAUGAAACGGAA